UUUCAUCGCACCAUCAUCUGGUAGACAGAGACAGGUCUCCCCCGUACGUAAACAGAAAGUUCACCAAAAACGUAAAGAUCUUUUUGUUGUAAAAAUAAACUAACUUAAUUAAUGAUAAACUUAAUUGUUUAGAUAUAAGUGAAAUCAAUUGCCUCUCGUAGUCAAUGUGAUAAUAUAGAGUCAAUAAGUUUGCAAUCCAAAAUAGUGUGAUUCUCUAGUGUUCUAAAUUUAGGAAUUCAAAAUGAUCGAUCCGAAUUUCAUCGAAAUAAAUGAAAUCAAAGGAUUUGUUACAUUUUUGCAAAGCAUUGACUGGUAUGAUCCCUGGCUGAUCGGGUUGAUCGCGUUCCAUGUCUGCAUUACAUCGACCGCACUGCUGACCCGGAAUUGUGGCAACUUUCAAGUCUUCCUGUUUUUUGUGUUAUUAUUGAUGGUGUACUUCUCCGAAAGUAUAAAUGAAUACGCUGCCGUGAAUUGGAGAAUUUUCUCAAAGCAACAAUAUUUCGACGACAAAGGCCUAUUUGUAUCGAUAGUAUUUUCCGUGCCGAUAUUGCUGAACUGCAUGCUUAUGGUGGGAAGCUGGCUAUAUCAAUCAACCCAACUUAUGGCUCGCCUCAAAACAGCUCAACUGCGACAACAAAUUCGGCAAUCUAACAGUCGUCAAAGGAUAAAAUCAGAAAAGGAACAAUGAAAAACAACUGUAGCGAUUCACUUGAAUAAGGCAAAAGGAACCCUGUAGUAGAUUAGGCUGUUUUACCACUUAAACAAUAAGUGUAAUAUGAAUAGUGUACAGAAAAUCCUCGUUAUUGGAUCAUAUACCUAUCGGAUGUCGUAUUAUUUUUAAUGUCAUAGGGCAAAGUACUACCCAAUACAUCACUAUUCAGAGAUUGA